ACACAUUGACGUAAUGUGAUUGGUGACAUUCUCUUACCAAACAAUGGAAAAUGAGAGGAGUGAGAAAAAUGGUUCUCACCAAGAAGAAGAAGAAGAAGAAGAAGGAGGAGAUGAUGAGAAGAUGGAAAAGUUUUUCGCUUUGAUCAGAAACUUUCGAGAAGCACGUAAUAUUCGAAGAAGCCAAUUGAGCGAAUCUUCGUCGAAGGAAGAAGGGAGGGAGAUGAAGAAGAAGAGGAAAUCAGGCAAUGAUCAGAACAAGUCGAGUUGGAUUCCGUCGUUCGAAUGGGAAGAUUUCACGGCCGAUACAUCAGAGUUCAGAAAGACUCCACCUGUACCUGUAAUUUGUAAAAAGAAAAGGGACAAGAAAGAAUCAAAUGAUGAUGAUGAUGAGAGUGGCUUAGACCUCAAGCUCACACUCUAAUUUUUUAGUUGCACCCAAUUGAUCAAAACCAAACAGAAGGAAAUUGGGUUGUUUUGAAUCAUGAUUUAUUCAUCCUUUAAUCUUUUGUCAACUUGAUUCUUUAUUAUUAUUAUUAUUAUAUUUUUAAUUUGUGUGGAUGAAUCUUUCUAAUAUGGAAAUCCGGAAUUAAA